CCGAGAAGAGAAGAGAAAAGAAGAGAGGAGGAGAGCGAAAUUUUAGGAGACAAGAAUCUUUCCUUAUAAAAAAGCAGAGAGGGCGGAAAGGAACUCCACUACCCUCUGUUCCAUUUCACCACUGAGUACGGUCUGAAACCCAUCCGUUUUCUUCUCUCUCAUAUCUCUAGAGGGAAGAAGGGGAGAGCGGAAUAGCUCCGGAAGUGUCCACGAAUCUCUGCUUUUCUUCUCAAAGAUUCGAUCUUUUCGUCUCUGGUUGGUAGUUUAGGUGGGCGGGAGCUGCUGACGGAGAGCAGCUGGUGGACUGGAGCGGCGCUGCAAUGGAGGCGGGGAGGUGAGGGAGGAGGAGGAGGUGCGGGGUUUGGCUUCUUGAGAUCCGUCAUGGGCUUAGGAAGUUUGAUGUGAGUUGAUAUGAGUGGAGUUUGAGAUCGAAUUUGGACCAUGUUGUUGGUCUUCUAGGAGAAAAGGAGAAGAGGAAGAAGAGGAGGCUCUUUCGCUUCAAGAUGAACGCCAAGCGUGCCUAUAAGCUACAGGAGUUUGCAGCACAUGCUUCCAAUGUGAAUUGCCUCAAGAUUGGGAGGAAGACUUCGAGGGUUCUUUUCACUGGUGGAGAAGAUCACAAGGUCAAUCUCUGGGCUCUUGGCAAACCCAAUGCCAUACUGAGCCUGUCGGGCCAUACAAGUGCAGUUGAGUCUGUGAGUUUUGAUUCUUCUGAAGUUUUAUUGGCUGCUGGAGCAGCCAGUGGCACAAUAAAGCUGUGGGAUUUAGAGGAGGCAAAUGUUGUUCGCACUCUCACCGGGCAUAGGUCCAAUUGUAUAUCUGUUGAUUUUCAUCCAUUUGGUGAAUUCAUUGCAUCUGGAUCGUUGGAUACAAACCUAAAAAUAUGGGAUAUCCGAAGGAAGGGAUGCAUCCACACAUACAAAGGGCACACCCGAGGGGUCAAUUCCAUUAGAUUCACCCCAGAUGGCCGAUGGGUUGUUUCAGGUGGAGAAGAUAACAUUGUGAAGCUCUGGGAUCUGACGGCUGGGAAGCUCUUGCAUGAUUUUAAAUGCCAUGAGGGUCAAAUUCAGUGCAUAGAUUUUCAUCCUCAUGAAUUUCUUUUGGCAACAGGUUCAGCUGACAAGACUGUUAAAUUUUGGGACCUUGAAACUUUUGAGAUGAUUGGGUCAUCAGGACCUGAGACCAGCAGUGUGCAUUCCAUGACUUUUAACCCUGAUGGGAGGACACUAUGUUGCGGAUUGCAUGAAAGCCUGAAAGUUUUAUCAUGGGAACCAAUAAGAUGUCAUGAUGCAGUGGAAGGGGGAUGGUCUAGAUUGUCAGAUCUGAAUGUCCAUGAGGGCAAACUUAUUGGAUGCUCUUAUAACCAAAGUUGUGUUGGAGUAUGGGUUUACGACAUCUCGCGCAUUGAGCCAUAUGCAAGGAGCAGUGCUGCUAGAUCAAAUGGCCAUUCAGGAUCAGAAUCCAAUGCCCGUAGUAUUGAGUCCCUGAAAACUAACAGCAAUAUCAGGACUACUAUGGGAAGGUUAUGUGUUUCACAAAAUUCAGUAAACAGUUUUAAGACUAGUAUGGGAAGGUUAUCCGUUUCACAAAAUUCGCAAACUGUAGCUGAGGAGACUAAACCUUUAAUUUCUACUGGAAGUUGCCCUGGUACUCACCGCAGAACUGGAUUAAGCUCCAUUCUGAAAAUGGCUGCAGCAAAUUCAGUUACAGCACUGGGUGCUACAGUGUUAAAGAGAAGUUCAUCAAAGUCCCAUGGAACAACCAAUCUUCAGAACCUUAACAAGUCUGAUGUGGCACCUGUAAUUGCCCCCAGUGCUACUAACUCAAGAGCAGAUCUGGUUUCUGACUCUAGAAAAGAAACAAAUGAUGUGAUACCUGUUGUUGUGCCCAAAGCCAGCUCAAGAAUGGAUUUGGCUCCUGAUCCUAGAAAAGACACUGGCAAUGUGGCACCUAUUAUCGUCCCUAGAACUAGCUCAAGAUUGGAUUAUGGUGCUGAUUUUAAUAGGGAAACUGGAACUGGAAGGGCACUGACAUUUGCCAUUGAAUCACAGGCGAUUGAUUUACAAAAAUUGUCAAAUAACAGAGAUGAUUCAGAGGGAACAAUUAUAGGAUUAGAUUCUGGACCCAUGGGCAAUAAGAGUAUUGAAUUAAAUGAAACUGUAGACUGCAAUCUCCUUUCUGCUGUCAAUGGCUUUGAUAAAACAUCUGCUGGCAAAAGGAACCUAGAAGAUGUUCAAAUAAUUAGGGCUGGGAAGGCUGGAGAAAACCUAUCAGUCGAGCCAAAUCCCAGUUACUCAUUUCAAACUUAUGAUGCUAGAGUAAUUAAACAAAGGGAUACAAGCUCUAUGGAAGUUCUGAAAGGAGGAAGAACACGAUCACUUGUUGCAAGUUGGGAAAUGAGGGAACUGUCUCCUAGUUAUGAAGGUCCAACACCCAAUAAUUUCUAUGAAAACAUGUCUGCUUCUAGCAUCAGUUUUACUUCGAGAGGGUGCCUUUCAUCAGAUCAACAGGAAACAUUAUCUGCUAGUGAUGAGGAUGCUAUUGCUGAUUUGGUGGAACAGCACAAACAAUUCCUAACCUCUGCGCAGUCACGGUUGGCAAAAUUACAGAAAUGCUGCGAGCACACAGGAUUGAGUGGCGCAGGAAUAGUAAUGGCACCAUCUUGUAGCUUUGGAGGAUGGUAGUAGUCUUGUAACUGUAUUUGCAACUUUCAUUUAGACAUCUAACCCAUCAAUCUUCUCGAUUGUUGGGGGCUAACUAGCCUGAAUUUUGUCCCACGUUUUCAUGCCAUACUUUACUUGGAUCUUGGAUAAUGGUCUCUCUGGUUGGUGCUUCUACACUCUUCUACACCUUAGACACAUUAGUGCUAUAUUGUUAUGUGCUUAUAUUGUACCCACUAGUUUUCCCUGGAGUAUCCUUGUUAGCACAACGUGCUACAGGAAGAUAAGUCAUAGACAUGGCAUGAGAAGCAAGAGGUAGAGCGAGAGGAAGAGACAACAUAAGGAAAGUUCGCAUCAUAUUUAGGAAUCAGAAUGAUCCAAAACUUACCAAUUAUAUUAUCCAUAUUCCAAGUAUUUGGGAUUAUUGUGAUCCGACACUGGGAUGCUUGCAUCCAACUCUGGUACCUGAGUCCAUCUAGCAUAAGUACCAUUAAUACUAUCAUGUCUUUAUUGGAAGUAAUAAAUUAUCGACUGCUACCUGGAUCUUUUUUGUACUUCAGUUUACUAUAUUUCAUUUCUUUAUCUGUAUAGGAUAGUUAUGACAUACCUUCUUGAUUGCUGACUCUCCAUCUUUUGUGACACCUGUGUGCCAUAUUCUUCUUUGUUGUAUCUUUGAAAUCUAGACAUUACGAGCUUUACUGUCUUGGCAUUUGUCUUAGCUUUUUUGCUAUUUUGCACAUUUCUGUCAUUGUUUCUAAACUAGUUGGGGACUAGGCAUCAUUUCCAAGCAUCAAGUUGCUAGUUAUACUGAAGAAAUAUCCAUUCCAGUGCAUAUAUCCUGACAUGGAAAUGUACGAUAAAUAUAUGCCAGCUGCCAGAAUAUUGACUGGCUUCCUGUUAAUAGUAGUAACUGAUAUUACUCUUGACUUUCGCAUAAAUUCAGAUAUUCAAUCUGAGAGCUCCAUAGAAUUUGACGGAGAUAAAGCCUUGCAUUUUACGACACACAAUUUAUAGCUUGUUCUACCACAAAAUUGAUAGCUUGUUCUACAUAAAUCAUAUAUACUCUUUUUUGCCAUUUUAUUUAAUCUAGAGGAUUACUGCUUUAAUUUAUCCUAACAUGGCGAAAAUGGCUUGUGCCAGUGGUUUCAAACAUUGAAAUAGGAACGUUAAUUCAUCGUGCAAACUUAAAAUACACAAGCCUUAGUAACUAUCUUUAUGGAGGAGCACUAUCUUCUUUGCUUUCACUCUGAUUUUAUUACUUUUCAUAUUCACGCUAGUAUUUCAGUCACCCAACC